AUGGGUUCCAUCAAAACUCCAGAUAGUGGACCAGCACCCACCGAUAGGCUUCCAGGGGGCUCCAGUGGGCGUUUAGUUCCUGAGGCCUUGGGUUGCCUUGAGACACAUGGGCAGCGGCGUGUGUUGGACACUGUCUCCCAGCUUCGAAAAUGUGGUUUGGACAGCGUCUUGUCGUUGCCGCAACUGGUGGUUUGCGGUGAUCAGUCGGCGGGUAAGAGCUCGGUACUGGAGGCAUUAACUGAGAUACCUUUCCCGCGCAAAGACAACCUGUGUACAAGGUAUCCGACUGAAAUAAUACUGCGGCACGGAACGUCAGAUUCACUCCAGAUUAGAGUGAUACCCGACCCCGAACGCUCCCCUGAAGAGCAAGAGUCUAUCAAAGCCUUUAGGGAGACCAUAACAAGCUUCGAUCAACUACCUCAAGUAAUGGAAAAAGCAAUGGAGCUGAUGGGAAUCGGGGGAGCGGACGAUGAUGAGGGCAGCAAUGAUAAUCACCGGCGAGCGUUUGCACGUGAUGUGCUCAGUGUUGAGAUAGAAGGGCCGAAUCGGCCGCAGCUCACGGUGGUUGAUUUACCAGGCAUAGUACAGUCGCAAACGAAAGACACCACGCAGGCAGACGUCGAUAUGACGGUGGAGAUAACAGAGUCAUACAUAUCUCAACCACGUACAGUCUGCCUAGCCGUCAUCUCAGCAACCAACGAUUAUGCCAAUCAACCAAUUCUCAACAAGGUUCGCCAGUUCGAUCCCAGAGGUGAACGUACACUGGGUAUCAUCACUAAACCAGAUCGGUUGCCACCUGGGUCGGAUACGGAAAACCAAUUCUUUCGGCUAGCUAAGAAUGAAGACAUACAUUUCGAACUGGGAUGGCACGUGUUGAAAAACCGAAGUUUUGAAGAGGCUGAAUUCUCAAUCCAAGAACGAAAUAGCUCUGAAGCGACAUAUUUUCGGAGGUCAAUAUUCGGAACGCUUCCUCCCGCGCAUGUGGGGAUCAGCAGCCUUGUCAACCGCCUAAGCAGAUUAUUAUUUUCGCAUGUGCAGCAGGCCCUUCCCAAGCUUCAGGAUGAAUUAAACGAAGCUUUAGAGGAGAACAGAAACGAAAUCUCUGCUAUGGGAGAGGCGAGGACAAGUCCCGAAGAAUGCAAAAUGUUCCUGUCCCGGUUGGGAUUGGAUUUCUAUGAGGUAUGCAAAGCUGCGGUCAAUGGCCAUUAUGAAGGGCAAUACUUCGUAUCCGAAGGCAAAGGGGCUCAUAUUCAGCGUUUGGCAUUGAAUCGGCGUCUGCGUGCUGCGAUCCAACUUAUGAAUCAGAAAUUUGCUGAGGAAGUCCGCACAAACGGACACAAAUACCACAUUCACGGAAUAGGAGAAGCUACCUCAAGCGCAAAGGAAGCGGAUACAGAGCCUCUCGAAUCUUCAAAAGAUGACGAAGAUAUGCUCUCUAAAGAAGUUGUGACUAGUCAGAAUGGCCGAAUUUUUCCGAAAAUAAAACUCCCUCAAAAAAUGUCACGCCGCAAAGCUAUUGCUUGGGUUAACGAUGUUGUUAUUCGGGCAAGAGGGCGGGAAUUACUCGGGAACUUUAAUCCUCUUGUGAUUGCCGAGCUAUUUUGGGAGCAGUCGUCGAAAUGGCAUCUCUUUGCCGAAACACAUAUAGACGAGGUAUCAGCGGCAUGCCAGCGUUUUCUGGAAAGUGUCCUGAAAGACAUGGCUCCUCUGGAUGUUUUCCACCGGUUAUGGCCCACUAUCUCGGAAAGGAUCAAGGCAAGGCACCGAGGCGCGCUGGAAGAGCUUAACAAAAUCCUGAAGGAUACUCGAAGCUACGUGAUCAAUUACAAUCAUUAUUACACCGAUACUAUCAAGAAACGGCAGGCUGAAAGGAGAAAAAGCCACAUGAGCGAAUGUAUCGAGAAAGCGACACAGUACAAAAAGCUUCCAGGAUGCCAGUCGGACCACCAUUUCCCAGACAUUGACAUUGGACAUGCCCUAGGUCUCUUUUCGGACCGCAUAGAUCCCGAUAUGAACAACCAUAGCUCUGAAGAAGUCCUUGACUGUCUUUUCGCAAUUUACAAGAUAAUGAUGCAGUCGCUCUAG